GACACAAGUUGUGCACCCUACUGGGGCUGCUGUGGGACUGAGGUGAUGCUGAGGGAGGGCCUGUGUGUCUGUCUCCGGAGCCCAGUCACCCUGUCAGCCCUCUCUGUCAUUACAGUUUGGGCCCCAAGACAAACAUCCCAAGAACCACAAGGCUUUCCAGUGAGCCUAAGCCCUCCAGGCAAAGAUAAGGACACCCGGAGUAGGGAGACACAGUUGGCAGCUAACACUGGUCAGAAACAUCUACUUUCAGGCAGCCCCUGUCCCGUGUCAGGGACACGCCCAUCGUGAGAUGGAAAAACUGAGCCACAGGAAGAAAAAAUGACGCGCUUAGGUGCCUCAGCUUUUUAUAGACAGGCCUCCCUCCGACACAGGCCUCCCUCCGACACAGUCCUCGGAGCUUUAGAAAUCUCUGACACAUCUCCACCAUGAUGGUACAGCUGAUGCCUGCCAGGAUCUGAGAUAAAAACUCAACAGUCCUUGAAGUAGUUCAUGGAGGAGCCUCAAGAGACCCUGGACAGGAAAGCUCUCCCCUCCAGAGAGAAGAGCCCUGCGUGAGAAGAGGCAGCUUCAACAGGAGUGGACAUGAACACUGGUUUCCAGAGAGAAGAGCGUUUUAGUUUUGGUCACCGGAAGUGGUGCCUUCAGCACAGAAGAGCGUGAUUUCUCCUCCAAGACCACUGAUCUCCAACACAGGACUAAAGGGAAGAAGAGGCCGGGACCAAGCCGCUCCUGCAUCCAGUGUAACAUUGCUUAGGCAAGGAUCAGGGAUGACUGGGCCAUGGUCACAGAGGCCUCCAACUUUCAGCCUUUUGCAUAGCACACAGGGGACUCGUGGGGAACACUUGUCACUGCCAACCGAAACAGUACAAUGGCAAUAUUGACAUCCUCCAUGACAUUUUCACGGCAGACAUCCCAGCAGGAAAUGCUGGUGUGCCUUCUGUCUGCAGAGUAGCGGACCAUGCCUCACCACUAUGAAUAGCUCAGGCUCUGAUAACCUGCUCUGAGUCUACUUGCAGCCAGUGACACUUGCAAAAACUUCCAAAGCCGUCUUGGCCUUGGCUUCCACAGUUCUUGACCAAUGUGGCCAAAGCUGGACAACUCCCUGGGACACGAGGAUUAUUCCUAAAUGCAGCCUGCCCCAAACCUCCCUGAGUAGCAUCUGAAGUCUCUGUGAAGGUCAUGGAUCCUGAACAAAGCACCAAGGGCAUCAAGAAGACAGAGGGAAGUCCCCGGAAGCGGCUGACCAAAGGCGAGGCCAUUCAGACCAGUGUUUCUUCCAACGUUCCAUACCCAGGCAGUGGCACAGCUGCCACCCAAGAGAGCACCUCCCAGGAGCUCCUGGCCCCACAGCCCUACCCAGGCCCCUCAUCAGUUCUUAGGGAAGGCUCUCAGGAGAAAACGGGCCAGCAGCAGAAGGCCCCCAAGAGGCCUCCUAUCGAAGCCUCCAUCCACAUCUCACAGCUUCCACAGCACCCUCUGACACCAGCAUUCAUGUCACCCAGCAAACCUGAGCAUCUCCUGGAGGGGUCCACAUGGCAGCUGGUUGACCCCAUGAGACCUGGACCCUCGGCCUCCUUUGUGGCCCCUGGCCUCCACCCACAAGGCCAGCUCCUUCCUUCUCACACCUCCAUCCUUCCUCCGGACGACCUGCCGGGAAUCCCUAAGGUCUUUGUGCCCCGUUCCUCCCAGGUCUCCCUGAAGCUUACAGAAGAGGCACAAAAGAAGGAACGGAAACCCCAGAAGCCAGGCAAAUACAUCUGCCAGUAUUGCAGCCGGCCCUGCGCCAAGCCCAGUGUGCUGCAGAAGCACAUCCGCUCACACACUGGCGAGAGGCCCUACCCCUGUGGCCCCUGUGGCUUCUCCUUCAAGACCAAGAGCAACCUCUACAAGCACAGGAAGUCCCAUGCCCACCGCAUCAAAGCUGGCCUGGCCUCCGGAGUGGGUGGUGAGAUAUACCCACCGGGGCUGGAAAUGGAGAGGAUCCCUGGGGAAGAGUUUGAGGAGCCUACGGAGGGAGAAAGCACAGACUCCGAGGAGGAAACCAGCACCACAUCUGGUCCUGCUGCAGAGCUCUCCCCAAGACCUAAGCACCCCCUCCUUUCCAGUGGUUUAUACAGCUCGGGGAGCCACGGUUCCAGCCACGAACGCUGUUCCCUGUCCCAGUCCAGCACAGCGCCAUCACUUGAGGAUGCCACUCCAUUUGCAGAACCCUCAUCUGAGCAUCCCCUGAGCCAUAAACCUGAAGACACCCAUACAAUUAAGCAGAAGCUGGCCCUCCGCUUGAGUGAGCGAAAGAAGGUGAUCGAUGAGCAGGCAUUCCUGAGCCCAGGCAGCAAAGGCAGCACCGAGUCUGGGUAUUUCUCACGCUCUGAGAGCGCCGAGCAGCAGGUCAGCCCCCCAAACACCAACGCUAAGUCCUACGCGGAGAUCAUCUUCGGCAAGUGUGGGCGGAUCGGGCAGCGGACCACCAUGCUGACGGCCACCUCCACCCAGCCACUCCUGCCUCUGACCGCCGAAGAGAAGCCCAGCCUGGUGCCUUUGUCUGUGCCCCGGACACAGGUGAUCGAGCACAUCACAAAGCUCAUCACCAUCAAUGAGGCCGUGGUGGACACCAGUGAGAUUGACAGUGUGAAGCCAAGGAGGAGCUCACUGACGAGGCGCAGCAGCAUGGAGUCCCCCAAAUCCAGCCUCUACCGGGAGCCCUUGUCAUCCCAUGGUGAGAAGACAAAGCCAGAACAAUCACUGCUCAGCCUCCAGCACCCACCCAGCACCAACCCCCCUGUGCCUCUCCUGAGAAGCCACUCAAUGCCUUCUGCCGCCUGCACCAUCAGCACCCCACACCACACCUUCCGCGGUAGCUACUCCUUUGACGACCACAUCCCUGACUCUGAGGCCCCUAGCCGCAGCAGUCCAGUGUUUACCUCCCACCCCCGGAUGCUGAAGCGCCAGCCAGCCAUCGAACUGCCUUUGGGAGGUGAGUACAGUGCUGAGGAACCUGGACCAAGUAGCAAAGACACAGCCGCCAAGCCCUCUGAUGACCCGGAGCCCAAGGAAAGCGAAUUCACCAAAAAGACAAAGAAAGGAUUGAAAACGAAAGGAGUGAUCUAUGAAUGUGCUAUCUGUGGUGCUCGAUACAAGAAAAGGGAUAAUUAUGAAGCACAUAAAAAGUACUACUGCUCAGAGCUCCAGAUUACAAAGCCCCUCUCUGCAGGUGCCCAUGCAACUCCUGAAGCUGAUAAGAGCCAGGCAGAGCAUGAACCAUGGUCCCAGAUGAUGCAUUAUAAACUGGGGGCCACCUUGGAGCUCACUCCACUGAGGAAGAGAAGGAAAGAGAAGAGCCUUGGGGAUGAGGAGGAGCUGCCUGCCUUUGAGUCAACAAAAUGUCAGUUUGGCAGCCCUCGGCCAUCUGACUCUGCUCGGAACCUUCCCCUAGAAUCCACCAAGUCACCAGCAGAACCAGGUAAAUCAGUGCCCUCUUUGGAGGGUCACAUGGGCUUCCAGCCAAGGACUCCUAAGCCAGGGUCUGGGGCAGAAUCAGGGAAGGAGAGGAGAACAAUGUCCAAAGAAAUUUCCGUGAUCCAGCACACCAGCUCCUUUGAGAAAUCUGACCCUCUCGAGCAGGCCAGUGGCCUGGAAGGAGAAGACAAGUCCCUGGCCCACUUUUCAUCCCUGCCACCUGCCCCGCAAGGACGCUCAGCUCACUCCCUGCAGCCCAAGUUGGUCCGCCAGCCUAACAUCCAGGUCCCUGAGAUCCUGGUGACUGAGGAGCCCGAUCGGCCUGACACAGAGCCCGAGCCACCCCCAAAGGAACCCGAGAAGACAGAAGAAUUCCAGUGGCCCCAGCGUAGCCAGACACUCGCCCAACUCCCUGCUGAGAAGCUGCCACCCAAGAAGAAAAGGCUGCGCCUGGCAGAGAUGGCCCAGUCAUCAGGGGAAUCCAGCUUCGAGUCAUCUGUGCCUCUGUCUCGCAGCCCAAGCCAGGAAAGCAGUGUCUCUCUGAGUGGGUCCAGCCGUUCAGCCUCAUUCGACAGGGAUGAGCAGGCGAAAGCAGAGGCCACUGGGCCCUUACCAGACUUGCGACCCAAAUCGUUGGGCUCCCACAUGCUGACUGUCCCCAGCCACCACCCACAUACUCGGGAGAUGAGGAGGUCAGCAUCAGAGCAGAGCCCCAACAUUUCCCAUUCUGCUCACAUGACCGAGACACGCAGCAAAUCCUUCGACUAUGGCAGCUUGUCCUUGACAGGCCCUUCUGUCCCAGCCCCAGUGGCUCCCCCAAUCUCAGUGGCCCUGCCAGAGAGAAGAAAAUGCUUCUUGGUGAGACAAGCCUCUCUCAGCAGGCCUCCAGAAAAUGAGCCAGAGACCACCCCCAAGGGAAGACAGGACACCGAGGAACCACAGCCCUCAUCCAGCAUACCUUCCACCAAAAUCUUGUUGCCCCAGAUCUCUUCAGCAGCCACCUUGUACAGCGGGCACCUAGGAGGCAAGAGCCAGGUGCAAGAUAGGCCCCCGCUGGGGUCCACUCCACCCUACUCAGAAGCCGUGCAGGUGCUCCACCACCCUGUUGCCCAGCUGCCCCUACAGGACAAACCAUACCUGCCCCCGCCAGUUUCUCUCUUCUCUUUCCAGCACCUCUUGCAGCAUGAGCCAGGACAGUCCUCAGAAUUCUUCUCCACACAGGCCAUGCCCAGCCUCCUCUCCUCCCCAUACUCCAUGCCCCCGCUCCCUCCCUCCUUAUUCCAAGCCCCACCACUUCCUCUCCAACCCACUGUUCUGCACCCAGGCCAGCUUCAUCUCCCUCAGCUGCUGCCUCACCCUGCCAACAUCCCCUUCCAGCAGCCCCCUUCCUUUCUCCCCAUGCCAUACCCUACCUCCUCAGCACUUUCUUCAGGCUUCUUCCUGCCUCUCCAAUCCCAGUUUGCACUGCAGCUCCCUGGCGAUGUGGAAAGCCAUCUGCCUCCAAUCAAAACCAGCCUGGCCCCACUGGCAACAGGAUCUCCUGGCCCUUCCUGCAGCACAGGGCACAGCAGUGAUAUGCGGCUGUCCCCCACAGCUCCUCCCGCCGGCUCCUUGGCACCCACAUCAGUCCCUUCACUGGCCCUGCCUGCCUGUCCGGACACCAUAGAGUCCCUGGUUGUGCCCGUCCGCAUUCAGACCAACAUGCCAUCCUAUGGGAGUGCAAUGUACACAACUCUUUCUCAGAUCUUGGUUACGCAGUCCCAAGGCAGUUCAGCCAGUGCACCUCUUCCCAAGGGUGAGGAGCCCCCGUCCAAGGGAUUGACUGUGUGUGGGGCAGAUAUGUAUGAGGCUAGACCUGGACCAUCUGGGUUAAGCGAAGAGCAAAGCAGAGGCUUCCAGACUCCAUACCUGAGAGUGCCUGUGACAUUGCCUGAAAGGAAAGGUAUGUCCCUAUCAUCAGAGGGUGUCUCAAGCCUGGAGGCAAGUUCAUCGACUGCAGGAGGAAGCAAGCGAGUCCUUUCACCAGCUGGCAGCCUUGAACUUACCAUGGAAACCCAGCAGCAAAAAAGGGUAAAGGAGGAGGAGGCCUUCCAGGCAGAUGACAAACUUGAGCUGGUAAAACCAUGCAGUGUAGUGCUGACCAGCACAGAGGAUGGGAAGAGGACAGAGAAAUCGCACCUGGGAAGCCAGGGCCAAGGCAUGAAGGACCUGGAAGUACUGUCCAGCCUGUCUUCAGAUCCAACUGACCCAAAGGAGAUUCUUUCUCUCCCUCACCCCACAUUGCCCCAUGGGACAGCCCCAGGCUCAGAAGCUUUGAAGGAAUAUACCCAGCCACCUGGCAAACCUCACCGAAGAGGACUGCCCCCACUGAGUGUGAAGAAAGAAGAUUCUAAGGAACAACUGGACCUCCCUCCCCUGGCACCUCCCAGCUCUCUGCCUCUGUCCCCCAGAUCAGCCAAGUCCCAAGAAGGUAUGGACUCAAAGAAGGUACUGCAGUUCCCCAGCCUCCACACAACCACUAAUGUCAGUUGGUGCUAUUUAAACUACAUUAAGCCAAAUCACAUCCAGCAUGCAGAUAGGAGGUCCUCUGUUUACGCUGGUUGGUGCAUAAGUUUGUACAACCCCAACCUUCCAGGGGUUUCCACUAAAGCUGCUUUGUCCCUCCUGAGGUCUAAGCAGAAGGUGAGCAAAGAGACAUACACCAUGGCUACAGCUCCACAUCCUGAGACAGGAAGGCUUGUGCCAUCAAGCUCCCGUAAGCCCCGCAUGACAGAGGUACACCUCACGUCACUGGUUUCCCCAGAAGUCCAGAAAGAGGUAGCUAGAGCAGAGAAGGAAGAAGAGAAGCAAGGGAAGCCAGAAGAGGACACGCCCACCUCCAAGAGAACGGAGCCGGCCAGGAUCAAAAUCUUCGAAGGAGGGUACAAAUCAAACGAAGAGUAUGUAUAUGUGCGAGGCCGCGGCCGAGGGAAAUAUGUUUGUGAGGAGUGUGGAAUUCGCUGCAAGAAGCCCAGCAUGCUGAAGAAACACAUCCGCACCCACACUGACGUCCGGCCCUAUGUGUGCAAGCACUGUCACUUUGCUUUUAAAACCAAAGGGAAUCUGACUAAGCACAUGAAGUCGAAAGCCCACAGCAAAAAGUGCCAAGAGACAGGGGUGCUGGAGGAGCUGGAAGCCGAAGAAGGAACCAGUGAUGACCUGUUCCAGGACUCGGAAGGGCGAGAGGGCUCCGAGGCUGUGGAGGAGCACCAGUUUUCAGACCUGGAGGACUCAGACUCAGACUCAGACCUGGAUGAAGAUGAGGACGAGGACGAAGACAGCCAGGAUGACCUGUCCAGGCCAUCCUCAGAGGCUCCCCCAGCUGGCCCACCAGCCACACUGCGGGCAGACUCCUCACCCGUUCAGAGCCCUCAGCCCCCCGAUGCCACCUCUGACAACGAGGCCACAAGAAGCAGCUCAUUCUCAGAAGCUGAGCCCUUGACAGCCGGCAGCUGCUCCACAUCCAACCAGAGCAUCCUGGGCUGUCCCCAGCUGGGACUGGCGCCAUCCGGCCCUGUGGAGAAGGACACAGUUUCAGCCCUGAGCUCCAAGGCCGUGUCCCCUAGAAGGCCAUGGUCCCCAAGCAAAGAAGCAGGAAGCUGUGCACCACUCACCCCCAAAUACUCAAUAACCAAAAAUGACUCAUCUCCCCAGCAAUGUUCCCCGGCCCAAGAACCACAGGCCUCAGUCACAAGCACGCCUGGCCCCCAAAUGGGCCCAGGAAAGGACAUGGGCCCUUCUCCUUGCAGGUCUCCAAGACUUGAGCUGUCUCCUCUCACUCCCCACCCUCUGGGAAGAGAACUACCCCCUCGGGGGCAUCUGCCUCCUAAACUUGAGGGCACCACAGACCCAGGCCCCUCCAAACACUCGCCAACCAGGAGAUGGGCUCUGAGUCAGGCCGAGUCACCACCAUGGUCAGCGCUGCCAGGGAAGUGGGCUCUGGCUGGGCCAGGCAGCCCUUCUACGGGCAAGCGUGGCCCAGGCUUGGGACCAGCUCCGCGGGUUCUCUUUCCACCUGCGCCUCUACCUCACAAGCUUCUUGGCAGAAGCCCUGAGCCCUGCACCUCCAUGUGGAAGGCCGAGCCCCGAAGUCCGCCCUGCUCACCUGGCCCUGCUCAUCCUCUCUCCUCCCGACCCUUCUCCACCCCUUACGACUUCCACGGCCACAUCCCAGCCCGGACAGAGGAGAACAUCUUCAGCCACCUGCCUCUACACUCCCAGCACCUGGCCCGCACACCGUGCCCCCUGAUUCCCAUUGGUGGGAUCCAGAUGGUGCAAGCCCGGCCAGGGGCCCAUCCCACCCUGCUACCAGGGCCCUCCGCAGCCUGGGUCAGUGGCUUCUCAUGGGGUGGCAGCGACCUGACAGGGGCCAGAGAGGCCCAGGAGCGAGGCCGCUGGAGUCCCACGGAAAGCUCGUCAGCCUCUGUGUCCCCUGUGGCUAAGGUCUCCAAGUUCACACUGUCCUCGGAGCUGGAGGGCAGGGACUACCCCAAGGAGAGGGAAAGGACAGGCGGUGGACUGGGAAGACCUCCCGACCGGGAGCCCACAGAGCCUGCACCCACACAUGGCCCCUGCACCCCGCAGCCACCCCAGGGCCAUCAGGCCACACAGUCCUGGAGCCCCCGCUUGGAGUCACCGUGCACACCGGCCAAUCCCGAGGCCUCUGCCACCCCAACGCUGGACCGCAGCAGCUCCAUGAGCUGUCUGGCCGAGGCCUCUGCUGGCUUCCCAGCCCGGAGAAGGAACCUCUCUGGGGAACCCAGGACCAGGCAGGGCUCCCCGGAGCCCUCAGGUAGUGGGGAGCCCAGGGCACCUCCACCCAAGCCCAAGGACAGGAACCCCCUGAGCACUUAGCCUCUCUCCGACAGACUCAGCAUCUGGCUUCCGGUGUUCAACAACAGACGUUUUCAGCCAACUUCCUCGAGUAACCUUGCUCCCAUGGGCUCCCUUUCCCUCCGUCCACCUGUCCAGCUUCUGCUCAGCCCCUAUCUGUUCUAGCUUCCCAUGUAUGCAGUACCUGUGCCUUUUUCUAUACCUUUUGUUGCUUGAAAAGAGAAAAAAAUAAUCAUACACAUACAUAAAAACAAAACCCGUGAGGAGCUUCAGGCUGUGAACAGUUUGCAUUUGGGGGGAAAGGCUGUAGAAUGGGGGCCUCCUUGGCACCUAUACCAGCCCCAAGACCAGUCAGUCAUUUGCUAAGGAAAAGGAGAUGCACUGAGGGGAAGAGCAACAGCUACAUCAAAAAAUAUACAUCAUUAAAUGUAGAAGGAAGCUCUCCUAUGUACAGAUGCUCAUGGUUCCUGUUUAUUACUGCUUUAUCCCACCCCAGUGAGUGGCCAGUCCUCUCUGCCAGCAGAAGGACCAGUAGCCUGAGCCAGAGGGACACAAAUUCAGGCAGGGAGGCCCCCCAAAGUGGACUCCCUUUUUUCUUCUAUUCUUUGCAAGAAAAAAAAAUUUGAAGCGACUUUGGUAGGAUUUUGACAAGCAAGCAGAAGGCAGGAACCCGUGGGUUAGUCUCCAGGACUCCCAAAUGCCCAGGUAGUCUGUGUUAUGGGCCCAUCAUUGUCCGGCACAGGUGGAUAAGCCACCCUGGCCCCCGCCCUCCCUCCUGGCUGGGAAAGGAGACCUGAGUGUCCAUCUCCUGGCUCCUGACCUCAGCCAUACGCUCCAAGCUCUAGCCUAGCACUGUUCCUGUGCCUGGCCUUGGGUUGUGCUUCACGGUGGCCCCUAUGGGCCAAGAGGCCUUGCUUCUCUCAUGGCCGGGCUUUUUCAUGCUCUCACUAGAGGCUCAGGGGACCCAUCUCUGGACCCCUUGCAGCAGGACUAGUUUUCCUAUCCCCACACCCCACUGUCAGAUCUCCACUGCCCUACAAAACACCCCAAAUCGUAACUGAUAACACCUCCCUGGGCCUAUUUGUUGACUUGUAUCUCUUUAUCAAUGACAACAGAUUAUAUAGCUAAAUCUUGAACAAGAAGAUUAUGUUUGGUACUUUCCCCAGCCUCCUCAGAUUCUCUUCUCUCCACCUAAAGGGUUUCCCCCUUCCUAGGGCAAAAACCUCCUUUGUAAGAAAAAUAAUGUGACUAGAUAUUUAAAUUCCAACAUGGAACUGGACCUCUAGCGUGUUUACCCCAUGUAAUUAAAUGGGAAAGUGAGCAUGGCUAUGUACGGAUACAGAUGCCUAUGAUUCUCAUUUUCAAAUCAGCCACGGUUCCAUCUUCCGGCCAGACCACCUUGUCCAUUCUCCUUUGUAUGCUCAGAGCUAAGACAAAAAAGGGGCACUAGGGCAGGACUUCCCUUGAGGUCCACUGAAUUCCAAGGUACUGGGAAAUCAGACUAAUCAGUAGCUUCUGGCUGCUUGACUUAGUAUAGGACUCUUGCCCACACCAGAAGCUAGCCCACCCUGCACCAUACUGGUAUUGUUUGGGCUUGGCAGGAAGUGGGUAGAAGCUGAACCCCAGGCCAGAAGCCAGGGCUCUCCUCCCAUUGCCUCUCAGCACUAACCUGUGGGCUUUCGAGACUUUGAGGACUGAGGCCUGGGAUCUGCAUAGAGAGCAAUUCCUUAACCCUCCCUGGGCUCCCAGCCUUUCUGGGCAAGAUCUUCCAGCCCCAGGCUGCUGGACUAGCUCCUGACUUGAGGGUGGCCACAUCCCUCCACCCACCCUACACUCCUAGCUCUCCAGGCCAUCACUCAAACAGCCCACUCACUAAGGUCCCUUUCCUGGGCAGCCUUGCCAUGGACAGUAUAGCCAGCAGGGGAGAGUCCCCCCAGUCCCUGGGCAGCCAAAGGGCUGCUACCCCACACAGGUGCCCAAAGGGACCGCCCGGUCCAGCUCUAAUCCCCUCUGCCAGACUCUGGGCUCACUUUCCAGAGUACAGGGCCCCCUGCCCCUAGGCACACCUUCCUGAUUUGGAAAAAUAUUCUCACCCUAAGAGUGCCCUGCCCUGAGCCCCCAAGCUAGCCCCAGCUACUUUGAAUUUGCUGUCUGCCGGUGAGGCUGUGGUCCCCACCCCAGGAAGAAGCAGUGAUGAUUGGUUGAUGCAGACACCUGUGCUGAGCUGUGAAUCUGUGUGGAUGGCCAUCCUUGGUACAGACUAGCUCUGCUCCUUGGGUAUUGGCAGGCAGGAAGCAGUAUGCCAGAGUUUUAAGCCAAGCCUGCCUUCUGCUGGGUUCUAGGCCUCUUGUCCCCAAGACUUGCCCUCCGUGAUGCCUCUCUUUACCCUGCACAAUCCCACAGUCAUCUGGGUGUACCAACACCCUCCCCCUCAUGCACCCCCAUAGCUUACACUCUGGCCCCAGACACUGAGACCCUUCUGACAGCAGCAAGCUGCUCACCCUCCCACAGUCCGAAGUCUAUCCAAAAAUGUCUGAACAAAUUGGCCCCCGGGUUUCUCUAGGCGCUGCCCCAUCCCCACCCGGUCUCUUGAAACAGGAAUAAGCAAUAUAUCUGAGCUGAGUUCCCCUCUAGUCCUUGCUCCAGAUGAGUCUUUAAGGCAAAAGUCCUGGCUGAGCAGCCAUUCUAGGAGACCAAUCUGCAGGGGGAAAGGGUUCCUGAAGGCCUGUGUCACAGGCUUCCAUGUUGAGAUUCCAGUCUGCUUCCCGCCAGAAACCCGCAUCGGCGCUUCUGAUCACUUUACUAACUCUAGUGUUAAAAGAAAAGACAGAGAAAAUGAAGAUGUGUAGGCAAAUGUAAGAUACACCCUCUCUGUAAGAUAAAUAUUUGCCUUUCUUUCCUAAAAGGUGUACGUAUUCUGUAUGUGAAAUUGUCUGUAGAAAGUUUCUAUGUUCUUAAAUGGCAAUACAUUCCAAAAAUCGUACUGUAGAUAUGUACAGCAACCGCACUGGGAUGGGGUAGUUUUGCUUGUAAUUUUAUUUAAACUCCAGUUUCUACACUUGCAUCUUGCAACGUUGGUACGGUAUAUAUCAGUGCAAAAGAAAAAAAAACUCAACAAAAAAAUUCAUGCAGGUCUAAAGCACAGAGUGACGUACAAAAGCAAAAAUAUUGUUCAGUAUUGAUGUGUGUGAUCUCUGUUGUAAAUUACAUCUGUACUGUGAAUGAAGUUUUUACAAGUAUAAUAAUUGCCUUUAUUACAGCUCAGGCUGAGGGUUCAGCCUGAGAAUAUUUUUUAAAAAAACAGCAUGUUGGAAUAAAUUUGAACGUCCCAACAUAGCCCUGUUUGCCCAGC